AACGCCUAGGACGAUGACGAUGAAACGCCGCAACAUCGAUAUAUCAUUGAUCAAUACCGGGUCCCGCACAUGAUAGCAUUUUCGUCUCUUCGCUCCUGCCACCCUUCAAGGGGCCGUUGGCCUCGUCUGUUGCAGCAAAUCUUGCCAAGCUGGUCGUCUUCUUUCCUCCGUAGAGCUUCCAACAUCAGCUAUGACAGUCCACGGCAGAUCGUUCGUCCUCUGUCUGCUCGCCCUGCAGGCCUGUGUCUUGCUCUGUUGCGCCCAAUCACUAGUGAAUCGGACGUUUCAGUGGAGUUUCGGCAAGAACUUUCUCGAAACUGCGCUCGAGGAAUGCCAGAACGUGACCGUCGUCAUCGAGCCGCUAUCGAGCAAGUCGUCGGAGAUGGGUGUGCCGCCGUACUAUCUCAUUGCAUUCGAGCUGGGAGGUGUCCCGACGACGCGCAUGGUCGGGUCUAAUGCCUCAGAGCUCUAUUGGCAGGUUGGCCAUCGAGAAGGAUCGGCGCUGAUGAUAACAAUGGUCGACUCGAAUGACAGUACUGGGGGCGUUUCUCCGACACUACACAUUGUGACAGCCGGCAGCAACAGCUCUUGCCUUCCUUCUUCUUCACCUUCCGCCGACAUCGCACGCAUUACGCCAAAUCUUACUUCAUCUCUUUCCACAUGUGAACCGUGGGGCCUCACAUUAACCAACGGCACAAAACCGUAUUCAAUGAUAUUGGCAGCAUUGAACUCGCCUGUAGUGACGAAUGUGACGCUGGGCCAGGAUGACGAUGUGUUUACGUACAUCAAUCGCGCGGGUCCUGACGGUGAACUGAUAGCUGCUGUAGUGAGUGCCGAUGGUCAAUGGGGCUAUGCAACUCUUACCGUUAACACGGUCGGCUCGACCGAUGACGAAUGCGUCGGGCUGGUCUCCACCUCACAAACACAAGCUGAAAUUGCCGCGGAGGCUGCCGCUCGCGAGCGAGCUGCCGAAAAGCGUCACCGUGAAGACGUAGUCAUUGGCGUCGUCAUCGGCAUUGGCAGCACACUGAUCCUCGUGCUCGCUGGCGCUUGGCUGCACAGACGACGGCAGCAGGCCAUGGCACGCAGGGUUUGGGACGGCCCGGAGAUGCGUGCGACAGCAUGGGUACCAGAUUCAGACAUGGACCCCCCAUCCGUGCGAUCGCACGUCAAGAACUAUUCUACCGACACGGUGACAACCGCCGCAACCAACGGCCUCCUGCUUUCGCGCGCGCCGCCAUACGAAGAGCAGCAGGCAGAGAACAGGGUGCUCGAGCAAUCACAGACGACGCCCGCGCUGGUCCUUCCUACAUCACCGCACUCAUGGCGAAAUCGUAAGCAGCAAGAGACCUCGUCGAGCAUAUCAGACACAUUUGGGGCGCCACAGCUGCCGAACCUCGCGUUCUCCCAUCUGUCGAUGCCGAUGCUGCGCUCGCCGCGGGGGCAGACAUAUCCCUUGCUGGAGAUGAGCCACUCGGACGUCCAGCCGGACGUCAUCAUUCAGCACCGCGAUGGCGGGGUCGUGCAUGAGCUUCCACCGCCAUAUAGCGCGAUCACUAUCAAGUUUGUUACCGAGGACGGCAAUGUAACAGUGCUGCAUUUUUUAUAA